AUGGAAAACGGUGCCUUAAAAUAUGGGAGCAACAACAAUAAUAAUGACAUACUGGAGGAGAAGGUGGUAUUAUCAUUGGGCGCGACAGGGCCCAAAGGGACUACGCAGCCGUCACACCCCUGCACUAUCCUCCACCACUCUCCUUACAAGGCCGCUUGGGAUUGGUUGAUCCUUAUCCUCGUGAUAUAUACUGCUAUAUUCACACCAUACGUCGCCGCUUUUCAACUCAACGAGCCUGAUUUCGACAAGCGUUCGCGCAGCUUUGGCGAAGACCCUAUUGUCGUCAUUGAUAUGAUAGUCGACGUGACCUUCAUAAUCGACAUCCUGAUAAACUUUCGUACGACAUAUGUGAACGCUGCGGACGAAGUUGAAUCGGAUCCAGCUAAGAUCGCGCUACAUUACCUGCGCGGCUGGUUCGUGAUCGACCUCGUCGCUGCCAUCCCCUUCGACCUACUGCUCUUCGGCACUGACACUGAUGAACAGGGGCUGGAAAGUGAUGAGGUAUACCAUCUUUGUGAACUAUUUUUAUGUUGCUGCCACUCGAUUUUCUUACAUUUUAGUUGA